AUGCCUUCCGAUAUGCGUGGCUCUCUCAAGCGAGUCAGCACUCUCACCGGUACAACUCCCAAACCGACAAUCUUCGAAAGGUUGAAGGCUCACGUGAGCAUCCGUAUGCUCUUUUUGUGGAUUGUCCUGCUUAACAUCCUUGGCUGUUUGCUCGUGGGCGUGGUCAUUCUAUUUGACCAGUGGUCUCGCACAUCCCCAUCCAAGCAGCCAUCUUUACUGCGUCGCUGGGGAGGGUUUGAACAUCGUCCGCUGAACAACAAGUGUUAUCGUGAGGAACGCACGGCAACUCUCCUCUCUAUCUUCUUGGGGCUAUUCGGUGUGGAUCAGUGGUAUGCUCAUCACUGGGUCCUUGCUACUUUCAAGAUGCUUACUUUGGGGGGCUGGGGGGUCUGGGCUGUGGUUGAUGUUGUUCUGUGGGUGGUGGGUGGUGUUUAUGGCACCCCUGGCUGCCCUGGAGGGCGUUCUGGAUGGUAUUAA